UAUUGAAAUUCCAACCUCACAUUUGGACUUUAUCUGUUGAUAGAUUUUGUGGAAAUACAAGACUUAUGUUGGACCCCAACAGUGCAAGAAGCUUAAAAGUUCCUACUUCCACAGAGCCUUGUGCUAUCGAUCAUGAAAAUAAGGCUGUACAAUGGCUGUGGAAACUUUAUGCAGAAUUGUGGGAUGAACAGAUGCGCAACGACCCUCUUUCAGCAACUAUGAUAGGUAUAUGCAAGCAAUCUUCUUUGCCAAAACGAAACAACUCAAUUGAAAACAAAGGAGACUAUCGCUGGAAUUCAUAUUUGAAGGAUCUAAGUUUUGAAGCUCGCGAGGAACACUACGAGUCGUUAAAACGGUUGAACACGCAGCUGACACAAUCGAACCUUGCUAGCUUACUUCCUGAAACGGAAGUGGAUAAUUAUGAAUUUUUGAGUGAAAUGUUGAGAGUAUCUAUUCUGAGCUUGGAAACCUUUGAUAGAUACGAAAUUCCAACUACACAUAUCUUUGGUCCACCUGUUAUGCUACCCUUGGCUGGUAAUUUCCAUCCUUGGAAUAGCAAAGAAGACAUAGAAAGCUUUUUGGCUCGACUAGAAGCGUUUCCAAAGCAAGUGACCCAAAUAAUUGAAGCAUUUCGUUAUGGUAUUCGAACAGGUUAUACGUUGCCUAUCGAAUCAGUACAGGCUCUUAUUUCGAUAUGUAAGGCACAAGGAGAAAAAGAUGCAGUAAACUCGCCAUUUUUUGAAUCAGCAGCAGCUCCAUUUGAAAAAUGGGUUGGAAGUACGGAAGCUUUGCAGCACGUCAUUGAGAAGAGUGUUCUUCCUGCUUAUAAAUUGUUGGCAGACUUUUUACAAGAUGAAUAUGAACCCAAUGCAAGACAAACUGCUGGCAUCGUCCAUUGGAAAGAUUCCAAAUCGAUCUAUCAAGGAGCCAUAGAGUACUAUACGUCGUCAGCUUAUACAGCGGAAGAAUUGCACGCAAUUGGUAAGAAAGAGGUCGAAAGAAUAUCCGAAGAAAUCAAUCUCGUUCGAACUCGUUUACAACAAACGGAUGGUUCACUUGCCUCGUUUAUUAAUCAGCUUCGACAAAACCCACAACUGUUUGCAAAGGAUGCAGAAAGUAUCAUUCAGUUAUACAAGGACAUUUUAGGAAAAAUCCGCUACAAAGUUUCGGACUAUUUUGUAAAUCUUCCAAAAGCAGAAUUGGUGGUCAAACCCAUUGAGUCAUAUCGAGAAAAGUCGGCUCCACCAGCUCAUUAUUAUCCUGCACCAAAAGACCGUUCAAGACCUGCAGUAUUUUAUGGAAAUACAUCGGAACCUACGACAAGACCGCUCUAUGCAAUGAAAGCAGUGGCAUUGCAUGAGGGUAUUCCUGGUCAUCACUUACAAAUUGCUAUUGCACAAGAGUUGGAUCAUCUACCAAGAAUUCGUAAGGAAGUUCAAGGAUUUUGUAUUGGCUAUGUAGAAGGUUGGGGACUUUACGCGGAAUAUUUAGGAAAUGUCAUGAAUAUAUAUGAGGAUGAUUACGAUUUAUUGGGAAGACUAUUGGCAGAAAUUUGGAGAGCUUGUAGACUCGUUGUAGAUACUGGACUUCAUGCACUUGGAUGGACAAGAGAAGAUUCGGUACAAUAUAUGCGCGAAAAUGCUGGUAUUACGGAAGUAGAUAUUCAAGUAGAAAUUGACAGAUAUAUGGUUAUGCCAGGCCAAGCAUUGGCAUAUAAAGUUGGAGAAAUGAAAAUUAUUCAAUUGUUACAAGUUUCUCAAGAGCAAUUGAAAGAUAAGUUUUCAUGGCCAUUAUUUCAUGAUUGCGUGCUUCGUUCAGGAGCUGUUCCAUUGUCCAUGUUGGAAAGAAAUGUUGAGAAUUUUUUAUCCAGACAAAGAUGAUUUGAAAACAAGAAUUGUAUCAUUUGUGCUUAUUUUUAAUAGCUAGGCUUGUCCUGUUCUCAAUGUCGUUUCAAGUAUGUUGACUAUAUGACUUGGAAUGUUUCAAAGUUCAUGAUUGGUAAAAGAAUAAGACUUUGACACUUUCAUUUUU